AUGGCAUCCCUCACGCUGCCUCCAUACGAUGAAGAGCACAGUGGCGUCACAGACCUCAAGCCCAUCUCGACGUCUGAUGUAAACCGCUACGGAAGACCGUAUUACGUCAGGAGAAGAGAUCCGGAUGCCCGUGUAUGCAUCCCGCCUCUUUCCAGAAAUCUCAAAGAUAUGGGAGGUCGUGGCGAGUGGACGCUGUGCGUACAUCCUGAGGGUGCGCCGUAUUUCAUGCACAGCGAGAAGAAGUACUUUACUGAUGCCCAGUUGAACGACGCCACACAACGCGCGGCCAUAAACAACUACGUGGCGACAUUCGAAAGCCUCCUCGCCUCGAAGAAGAUCGAGAUGACAGAUGAUCUCGAAGUUGUUCUGGAACUCAUCCCAGGGGAAGGUAGCACAGACCCCAGUUGUGGCUAUUACAUUGCAGAUAAUAGUCAAAGAACGCUGUUCUGGAUGCACGAAUACGAAGCCACGUCGAUUGUAGAUGAGUGCGAUGGCGUCCUGACAGGAUCGCAUCUCAGCUUGGCGCUAGAAGCCAAAUACUGGUAUGAGACGGACUCGUUAUCGUCACUUAUCACGCUGGCCAUCAUCAUUUUUACCUUCUCCAUAGCCAACGAUAAGGAAGCAAUCCGGACUCGUUCUCUAGCCCAGGAAACUUUGCUCUUCUCGGCGUUGUUCGACGUCACCAGUGUCAUCACAGCACUCGUACUCAUCCGGCAGCAUCGUACAUUACCGAAGGAUGAUGCAGGCGCUGCCCAACGCUAUCUAUGGUCUAAACCAGGGGGGCUGCCCGGCCUGGCUGUUGCUUAUAGCAUUCCCUACGCGCUCGCGCUGUGGUCCAUCGUCGGUUUUACCGGUGCCAUCGUCUGUGUUGCAUUCGAUAUCAACCCGGCCUUGCCCCAUACGAGUAACGGUGUCCAGGCUCGUAUCGCUGCUGUUGCCCUUUGCGGCUGCCUUGUGUCGUGUGUAGCGUGGGUGCUGCUCAUGGACUGCGAUGAGUUCAUGACGAACUUCGGUGAAUUCAAUGAGAAGAUAUGGGAUGCAGUGUACACCCUCAAAUUGAGGAUAACCAACUUUAGAAUGAAUCGCGAGCCGGGCCAUGCGGGGGCACUGCCGAGGGACCGCAUUCAAAUCGUGUGA